ACACCCCACAAGCCACGAGGAACCAUCUCCACAACCAGAUUUCCCCAGAAUUAUCAGUAUCACUCUCACAAUCACCAUUAAAGCUUUUUUUUUCUUUUUGUUUUCGGCUCCGUUGAAUAUAUUUUCCUAAUAAUUUCUUCUGCCGUUCUGUUUCUGCGAUUCUGAGCCCUUUAACCUCGAGAGCAUCAUCAGCCAUGGCCUCCUCUUCCUCCACUACCCUUUCUAUCUCUUCUUCGUCUACCAUCAUCGAUUCCCGGGCUCCUCCGCGGCAAUCCGCCUCCGCUUCCCCGUCGUGUGUCACUCUUCCGACGCUUCCCCCGUCACCCAUCCAGUCCCAGACCCGCGCUGCCAAAGCCUCCGCUUACUGUCGGAAGAUGGUGAGGAAUGUCGUGGCGAGGGCUACCGGUGAGGCUCCCGCCGAAGUGGCGACAACGGAGCUGCCGGAUAUCGUCAAGACCGUUCAAGAUGCUUGGGACAAAGUGGAGGAAAAAUACGCUGUGGGUUCUCUUGCAUUUGCCGGAGCUGUGGCGCUCUGGGGAUCCACGGGCAUGAUCUCGGCAAUCGACAGGCUUCCACUGGUUCCUGGAGUUCUGGAACUCGUAGGCAUUGGUUACACAGGGUGGUUCACUUACAAGAACCUAAUCUUCAAACCAGACAGGGAAGCAUUCUUGCAGAAGAUAAAGGGCACAUACAAGGACAUCAUAGGAGCAGCUGAGUCGUGAAGAACCCUAGUUGCCAAUCAACAUACUCUCCCUUUUUUUUCUCCCGGAUUGAACGAAAAGUGUAUAACAAUGUCCACUCCUCCCUCAUAUUCCGAGAGACGUGUAAUCUAAAUAAUUUCCAAUCUCUCCCA